CAGUACUGUCUCUAUUCAUCAACAUAGACUGUGACAUGCAAGAGGACAUGCAAACAUUUCUCUUCCUCCAAUUGUUUUGCAUGUAAAUAAAGCACGUACCUGUGGAUGUCACCAGGGUGUUUCUUAAACUGGCCCCUCCUCUCACUGAGAGCUGUAAGGUGAGACGUUUGAAACUCAGAUCACUUUGUUAUUUACCUUGACAGCAGCCAGUUCUUUUCCAAGUAAUAAAAAUGAAAUAAGCUCCACGGCGCUGGUUGUUCAUAGACUUUUGUGGACCACUGUACCUGCAGCACAUGAUGCACAAUGGAGAGGGAAAUGAAGGAAAAUGCAGCUCAAUCUCUAACAUGCAACAAUGGCAAUGAAAGCAGGAUCGACCCCUACGGCUUCGAGAGACAUCAUGAUUUUGAAUCCUACAAGGAGAUGAUGAAUGAGUACGUAGCUGUCCUCAACAGAAGGUCCAUGAGAUGGUCCAAGCUCCUUCAAGAGAAACCUCAUGUAGAGAAGAACCUAACAGUCAAAAGGUAUGUGCGUAAAGGUGUACCUAAUGAGCACCGCGCCAGGAUCUGGAUGGCAGCAAGCGGUGCCCAGGAACAACUGGAGAGCAAACCAGGUUAUUACCAGUCCCUGCUGGCCAUGGAGCAUGACACCAAGCUGAAGGAAACCAUUCACACAGAUAUGCACAGGACCUUUCCUGACAACAUCCUUUUCCAGGGAAAAGCGGAGCCAAGCCUGCAGACAGCUCUGUACAAAGUGCUGCUGGCCUAUGGACACCAUAAUAAGGCAAUAGGUUACUGUCAGGGCAUGAACUUCAUUGCAGGCUACCUCAUCAUCAUCACCAAGGAUGAAGAGAAAUCCUUCUGGCUCAUGGAUGCAUUGCUGGGCAGAAUACUUCCAGAAUACUACAGCCCGGCCAUGUUGGGGCUGAAGACUGACCAGGAGGUUCUCGGAGAGCUGGUGAAGACUAAAGCCCCUGCAGUAGGGCAGCUCAUGGCCCAGUAUCCUGGCAUAUGGACCCUGGUUGUGUCGCGCUGGUUCAUCUGCCUCUACAUUGACAUACUCCCGAUUGAGACGGUUCUAAGGGUCUGGGAUUGCCUCUUCUACGAAGGCUCCAAGGUUCUUUUCCGUGUUGCUCUGACGCUUAUCAUUCACCACCAGCCAGAGAUCCUGAGAGCUCGCUCCUUGCCGGAUGUGUGCGAGUGCUUCAAACAGAUCACCAGUGGAGCUUUCACUCUAGACUGCCACACCUUCAUGCAGAAAAUCUUUACAGAACCUGGGAGUCUCUCUAAGACAACUAUUGAUAAAUUGAGAGAGAAAUGCAGACAACGAAUCCUGGAGGAAGAAUCUCGACAGCCGUGAAGUUUUCAAUCCACUGUUCCUCCCAGUGGUGGGAUUAGAUAUAUUAAACUCCAGUCCAGUAUACUGGACAUCUGAUGGAUGUGCUGAAGUUUCCCAACUGAUCUCUUCUCAAAACUUUUGAACCCUGUCUUUUGCUGAGGAUCGCAUGGUGCUGCUAUAGAUGCUUCAAGAUGAUCAUUACUGACGCUUUGUUUUAAGUAUAUAAGCUGUUUUCCCAUGGAAGAAGGAGAUUAAUGUCUCCUGCACUGGAACACAAUAUUAAAUACUGCUUUAACCAUCUAUUUUACAAUACAAAGUAAAAUUAUACUGUAUGUUUAGAAUUUGGUGUGGUAACUGCUGUCCACAUUUACAGAACCUGGUGUUCCCCUAAUUUCUGGUGUUUCCUGAAAUUAACUGGCCUCUAUAAUACCAAACAAAGGUUAAAAGAAGUGUUUUUUUUUAUGUGUUACAUGAUAGUCUUAAACAACUGGUUAUUCAGGGGCUCUGAACCUGAGGCUGUAUAAUAAAGUUAGAGAUCCUCUGGCACUGUUGCCGUAUAAAGAAACUGACUGAGCUACAGAAAAUGGAGCUCUAAGUUUCUCAGCUCAGACAAAAGGCUUGUUAAGCUUUGCUGCCCCAAAUGGACACAAAUAAUCAUUUACCAUACAUGAGUACUGGAGACCUGCUCAAGAGGAAGGUACUUUCAUUCCUUCACUCUCUAAAACCUAGACCUACCUAUAAUAAACGGAGGAAGGUUUGGUAACUUUUGUUCUUGGCAGUAAUAAACUGUACAUGCUUAAUAGUAUAUGGUAAAUGUUUAGUGGUUAGUAGUACAUAGUGUAAUGAAUCAGUGCUCAAUAAACAACCUUAAAUGUUC